ACGACAACAACAACAACAACACUUUGAUAUUAACUGUUUUGGUUCGUUCAUUCAUAUAGCCGUGAAGGAACUUUGCGAUCGUUUAGUCGUGUUCAGAACGUUAAACGGCAAAGUCAAUGCACGGAUCUUUUGUUACGGUUGCGGCGGUAGUUAAAAUUUUAAGGAUUUUUUUGCGGAAAUCGAAAGCAAAAAAUAUCAAUUAAAAAAAAGAAAACAGAGACAAUUUUUUGAAUUAAUAAAACGUAGUACAACUAAAAGUGCCGGGUUUGCUAAUUUUUAUUGAAGUGCAUGGUAGAUAAAUUAAAAGAAAUAUACAAAUUUGAAACGUCAUUUAAAAUAAACGCAAAGAUAAGAAACAUCAAACAAAAGAUUUGCUUAAAUAAAUCAAGAUAAAAUAAUAAAACAGACUUUAUAUAAAAAAGCAUUUUAUGAUAGUCUAAUUAAACGUCUAAAACAAAGCAGGAACUUCAUAACGUAAUCGAGGAAAAAAAGAAGCAACUCAUUGAUUUUAUGUCUUCACAUUGUUCUACAGCAUUGAAAGGGGUUCCAUAACCUUGGCUUUUAAUUGCAUCGAAAGGGAAAUCCCCAAAAAGCACCUGUUUUUUUUUUCUUUUUUGUGCGCGUCUGCCUUUUAAUUUUCUGACACAGACAUUUGCCGCUUGUUUCCUUUGUUUUGCGUUUUUUUUCGCUCUUCUUGUUUUUAUCUGACUUCGAUCGUUUAAUUAUGUCAGCAUGGCUGUGAUAAAGCGGAAUCAUUGCAAACCAAAACGCUGCCUUAAGUAUUUGUCUACGACCAACAAUGGUGUCGUCGACGUUGCCGUCAAUGGCUGGAUGUCAGUUGGUAAAAUGAUCAGUGGCAAAGAUUUAUUGCUGUUGGUAUUUAUGAUUGCUGUUGUUGGUGCUCGGAGCUAUGUAGCUGGAGCAGCAACAGUGGUAAAUGCAACAACAACAACAACAACAGUAACAUCAGCAUCAGCAAUAUUCACAGAAAAUGCGACGUCAUCAUCAUCAUCAUUGCCAUUACCAUUGACUUUAUCGGCAGUAUCGACAGCAUCUUCGCCAUUGUCCAUAUCAACCGCAGCUCCAGAAAUUGUGACACCACUUACUUUGCCGGCGAAUGAAACAAAUAUUGCUAUCAUAAGCAAUAAUCUGUGCUCCGUUACCAUUGAUGCCGAAACGGAAUUUAAAACUCUAGGGUCCAUAUGGAUUUCCCCCCAAAAUCCUUGCUCCCUGUACAAAUGUGAGCUUAACAAACUGGGAAUACCUCAUGUGGUGGCCAAAAAGGACAAUUGUGGAGAAUUUUAUUGUGAUAUAGAUUCCGAGGUGAGACCAAAGAACGGCAGCUGCUGUGGUGAAUGUGUGCGGACGAAAUGUCGUUUCGAAAAUCAGCUGUACGAAAUUGGCAGCACCUGGCAUAACAAUGCAGAUUGUACGCUGCUGGAAUGUGGUCAAUUGCCAAAUGGGGAGCCCAUCAUUAAUGCCUAUCAAAAAACCUGUCCAGACUUGCCCAAAAAUUGUCCACCCGAACUGAUUUAUGUGGAAAAUUGUUGUCAAUAUUGUAGGCAAAGGAGGCAGUCGCCACCACUGCCCUUCGUUGAAGUUGGUGUGGACAAUGAGGAGAUAUGGACCGAGGAGUUCUAUGACAAUCAUCCAUGUGUCAGGGAGUGUAGGGCGGGAGAGGCGCCACGUGUCUGCCACUAUACCUUUGUGGUGGAAUGGUAUGAAACUUUGUCGAAGGCAUGCUAUGAUUGCCCGAAGAAUAUUAGCGAUUGUCGGCGACCUCAUUGUAUAGCGGGAGAUGGUAUUACACGCUCAGUGACAGUGGUAAAUCGUAUGAUGCCCGGCCCUAGGAUAGAGGUGUGCUACAACGAUACCAUUGUGGUGGAUGUCAAGAAUCAUUUACUGGGUGAAAGUACCACCAUCCAUUGGCAUGGUAUGCAUAUGAAAAAUACACCCUAUAUGGAUGGGGUACCCCACGUUACCCAGUGUCCAAUUUCCCCACAUUCCACAUUUCGCUACACCUUUUUCGCCGAUAAUGUUGGCACCCACUUUUGGCAUUCGCAUACGGGUAUGCAACGGGGAGAUGGAGUCUUUGGAGCUUUGAUCAUAAAACGGCCACGUAGUGAAGAUCCCCAUGGACAUUUGUUUGACUUCGAUUUGAGUGAACAUACCAUGAUUGUUCAGGAUUGGGUCCAUGUACCGGGUGUUAGUAUGUUUGCUUCCCAUCAUCAUUCGAAUGGGGAUAAUAAGCCAUUGAAUUUGUUAAUAAAUGGCAAGGGAAGAUACUACAAGGCCAUAUGGGAAUCCAUAAAGGCCAAAGGUCGAUCUGCUAGUGUGGGGGAUGACCACAUCUCCAAUGAGGGUGAAGUGAGAUCUUCUGCCAUAACAAUUACCGAAUCUGCGUUGGAAGUCAAUGAAACAGAGUACAAUCCCAAUACCCCACUGGAGGAUAAUGAUGUGGUCCUAUUACACCCCUCAAAUGAUCCCAGGGUAAAUAAAUUAAGGAUACAACAAAAUGAAAUAUCCAGGACCGCUCGAUUGGCCAAGUCGGAAAAUGAGACCAGACGAGCCGUCAGAGAACAGGAAGAAGAAGAGGAAGAGGUCACAAAUACAACGGAACCGGAGAAAAUUAGGCAUCUCUCCAAACGGGCUUUGGAUGGAGAAAUUCCCUUGGAUUUCAUACCCCUGCAGCAGUACAAUGUCACAAAAGGUUUUCGUUAUCGUUUUCGGGUCAUAAAUGCCGAAUUCCUCAACUGUCCCAUACAAAUCUCGAUCGACAACCACACUCUCAUGGCCAUUAGUUCGGAUGGCUAUGACUUUGAGCCCCUGGAGGUGGGAUCCGUAAUAACCUAUGCCGGUGAACGUUUCGAUUUCAUUGUCAAUGCCAAUCAGGCGGUGGGUAAUUAUUGGAUACGUCUCAAGGGGUUGAUGGAUUGUGAUGAACGCUUCACCUCGGCGUUCCAGGUGGGCAUACUACAUUAUGACCAGGCCCCCAUGGAGGAGCCUCAGGCUGACUUGGGUUACAAUCACCAGCCGGAGGGCAUAGAACUCAAUGCCAUGAACAAGGGAUCCGGUCACAUAGACUCUCUCACCAUGGCCGAAGUGAAUGGCCUGCCAAUCUAUGAUCAAAUUUCCGGUAUAGAUCGUGACGCGUUAAAACCAGUGGCCGAUUAUAAAUUCUUUGUUUACUACGAUUUCUAUCGCAAGGAUAACCCGGAAUUCCAUCCUCAACAGUAUUAUGGCAUGGGUGCCAAUCUGAGUAACUCCAAUUUGGUAUUUACUCCGCAACUAAAUCACAUUUCAUUGAAGUUCCCCUCGGUGGCUUUACUGGCUGCCCGGGAUAGUGUCGACGAAUCGUUAUUCUGCAAUGAAACCAGUUUGCAGGAGCAGGGCAUCGAUUGCCGCAAGGAGUUCUGUAAAUGUCAUCAUGUCCUGCAGGUGCCGAGAAAUGCUAUUGUUGAAUUUAUUAUCAUCGAUGAGGGUGUCACCUAUGAUGCCAAUCAUCCCUUCCAUCUGCAUGGCAAUGCAUUCCGUGUUGUCGGCAUGGAACGUCUGGCAGCCAAUGUCACUGUGGAAAUGAUCAAAGAACUGGAUCGUUUCAAUCUACUAAAACGAAACCUGGUACGCCCACCCGUGAAGGACACCGUUACCGUGCCCGAUGGUGGCUAUACCAUUGUACGUUUUGAAGCUUCUAAUCCUGGUUUUUGGCUUUUCCAUUGCCACAUAGAAUUUCAUGCUGAAAUUGGUAUGGCAUUAAUAUUGAAGGUCGGAGAUAAUGAUGAAAUGCCCCCAGUGCCCAAGAGAUUCCCCACUUGCCAUGAUUAUGUGCCACAAUCCAAAGAUGAUGAAGAAGAUAUUGAUGAUACACUGACAAAUAAACCUAGCACACCUGAGUAUAGUGGUGGUGGUGCAGGGAAUGCAGGAAGUCUAAGGCGGGUUUCCUGGCAUACCAUUGCUGUUUUUGUUUUUGUUGUUAUUGCAAUGCUUCGAAAAUAGUUUGUACAUAUGUGAACGCUAAGGAUAAUCUAAGUAAAACUGUGAUUUUUUAAGAUAGUUUUUUAAGAAAUGUUUUUGUAUUAAAUAAAUUUAUUUAUGUUAUAUGUUUUUGGUCAGAUCCGAAAUU